GCCGGAAGAGAUCGGACCCUGAAGAGAAUCCUGAGUUGCCAGCCCAUCCCCCGACCCCUACGGAAAGACGGGUGCAGAGACUGCCCUGGCGAAGUCAAAACAUUUAUCCUGGCUUUGUCAGGGGUCAGUCGUGGGAGUGAGACAUAUUUGCUAUCGUUUGUUGAUCGAACACUCUUAAAUUGUUUUGCUUCGAUGCUUUCACGUCAUCUUCAAAACAACCUUAUGAGUGUGGACCCGGGCAGCAGCCAGGCCAUGGAGCUCUCUGAUGUCACCCUCAUUGAGGGUGUGGGUAAUGAGGUGAUGGUGGUGGCAGGUGUAGUGGUGCUGAUUCUAGCCUUGGUCCUAGCCUGGCUCUCUACCUACGUAGCAGACAGCAGUAACAACCAAUUGCUGGGCACCAUUGUGUCAGCGGGCGACACAUCUGUUCUCCACCUGGGGCAUGUGGACCAACUGGUAAGCCAAGGCACUCCAGAACCAACUGAAAUUCCCCAUCCAUCAGAGGGGAAUGAAGAGAAGGCUGAAGAGACCAGUGACACUGGGGGAGACUCCACUGGGGAACCUGGAGCUAGGGCAGAUAUGGAACCCAGCCUUGAGCAUCUCCUGGAUAUCCAAGGCCUACCCAAAAGACAAGCAGGCCUGGAGAGCAGCCGCCCAGAAGCUCCACUGGGAUUAGAUGAUCGCACCUGCCUCUCUCCCAGCCCCAGCCUCAUCAAUGUUCGGCUCAAGUUCCUCAAUGACACCGAAAAGCUGGCUGUGGCCAGGCCAGAGGACACUGUGGGUACCCUAAAGAGCAAAUACUUCCCUGGACAAGAGAGCCAGAUGAAGCUGAUAUACCAGGGUCGGCUGCUGCAGGACCCGGCACGCACACUGAGUUCCCUGAACAUUACCGACAACUGUGUGAUUCACUGCCACCGCUCACCCCCAGGGGCACCUGUUUCUGGCCCCUCAGGCUCCUUGACCCCCUCAGCCACUGAGUCAUCCAACCUUGGUGUCAAUGUGGGCAGCCUCAUGGUGCCUGUGUUUGUGGUGCUCUUGGGUGUGGUCUGGUACUUCCGUAUCAAUUACCGCCAGUUCUUCACAGCACCUGCCACUGUCUCCUUGGUGGGAGUCACGGUCUUCUUCAGUUUCCUAGUAUUUGGGAUGUAUGGACGAUAAGGACACCAGGAGAUAAUGAAAGGCAUGGUCUUUCUCCUUCAUGGCCUCCCCCCUUUCCUGGCCAGAGCUGGGCCCAAAGGAUCUGGGGGGAAGAAGGGAUGGAAGGAAUAUGGUGGGCACCCUGUCCAUAGGACUCAAGAAACAGGUGUGUGGCCUCCCUCAUUGUCCACAGGAUACAGAUCUCUCUGCAAGCAUAACUCAGGUAGAAACAAGGAUAUCAUUUUCCCUCUUGGAAUCCCAAAGUUCAAAGCUCAGUGAGAAGCUUGGGCUCUGGGUCUUUCUUCCUGGCUGUGGCCCUAACCCUUUUCAUUUUUUGCAUGUCUGCUCCAUAGCCCCCAGGGUUCCUGCCAGGGCAGCUCAGCAUGGCCUUAGCAUUCCUCUGCAGGGAGCUUGAAGUACUACUUCCUUGCCUUAGAUGAGUGCAGAUCUUUCGAAACUAAAUUCACAGGCAGGGAUGAGAAGUCUGUACUGACUUUCCCUACAUGCAUCCAGCUGCCACCACCUCCUCCCUGUACCUCUUGGAGCAGGAAUAGGAUAUUUUGCUUUCUUUUAAAGCACUUUGCUUGCCCUUUUUCUCCCUCCCCCCAGAUAGCUGGCUCAGUUAGGAAAGGGGUUGGGGCAGAAGCCCAAGCUCCCCCACCAUGGAGGGGCCAGGCCACACCUGCUAGCCUAGGCCUAAAGCUGCAAGAGAAUACUGGCUGUAAUCCAGUGUCCUGCCCAGCUCCAAUGACAGCUCUGGGUAUAGAUUGCCCUGCCCUAGGCCCUUAGAUGAUGGGUCAGUAUGAGUGAAUAAAAUUGCAUUUUGUGGUUGUGGAGCUUCUU